AUGAGAUAUAUCGGGUCUGCUUUGAUAGCAUGUCUUGCCGGCCGUCUGUCACUCGUUGUACUAGGUGAAGCAAUAUCAUCUUCAUCUGACCGACCGAUACCGAACGUUCUCUUGGAUGGAAAGGGAAGCACCGCCAGCGGUUCGUUGGGAAUCACUGCAACGACGACAGUCACUGCUACAGUGAUAUCUUUUCCCAGGACGUCCUCCUCGCCACAAUCUUCUGCAGUAGCCACUAUCGACACUUCGUCAUCCAUAUCUACGUAUCCGCCCAUCUCAUCAACCUCUAACGCGACAACUACCUCCGAGCCUGAUUCAAACCGCAUAGAAUCGCCAACACCCAUGUCUUCCUUUGCUACCACUGCUGGAGAUGACUCUCAAAACCGAAAGACAGUCAUCAUUCUGUCUGCAGUUCUUGGUUCAGUCGGUCUCCUCUCGAUUGGAAUGGUUGUCUUAGUCAUCUACCGCUGCCGUCGGGGGAAAUCUCCAUUCGGUCAUCGAGGAGCAUCUCCGAUAAAUGACGACGAAAUCGCAUCAUGGCGUCAGUCGGGACUAGAAAAGAAGCUCACCAUCCCUCCUCCGACCCAUCAACCUCCAACCAGGGGCGUGAGCGCGGUGCAAAUCCACUCGUCUCGGUGGAAACGGACUGCAUCACCGUCCUCUAUCCCUACUGUGUCGGCAAACUUGAGCGGUCCUCGAGUCCUCGCUCAGGCACCCAAUGCUCGCCUCGGCCUCACAGACGAAGCCGUGCCAGGAGCAGAUGCUUUCAUCAUACCAUCUAAACGACGCAGCUCUCGACUAUCAAAACUACCCCCUGGACACUCGAGAUCGAAGAGCAGUGGGAGUUCGAUGAGUGGGAAGAGCCUGUGGAAUCUGGAAAGGACUAGCAGCGACUACAGGCAGCCUAAGAUGAGCUCGCCGUGGAGCGCUUUUGACGACGCAAUAGUCAGCAGCCACUUUGAAAAAGCAGAGCACGGGUCGAGUUCACCGGGCUCAUCGCUGUUCGAGGAGACAACAGGAGGCCUGUCACCGAGACCAGAACCUCGGAUGAGACCCGGGGAGCGAAAUGUCGCUCCCGAGGAAAUAGGGAGAGCCAUAUCAUAG